AUUUUACCUCACAUAAUUUUCUGACAGUGACUUUGAUAUCAAUAUACAUCCUCUUUCCCACCUAUGUGGGAUAAGUGUCUCACAAUAUACUUAUCACCAGUAAUCAGCAAAUAACAUUCCUCACAGGGUGAAUAACUGUUCAUCAUCAAACAUGGCCGGAAUCUCUGUUCUUCCUGCUGAAGUUUUGCUAGCAAAACGUGUCCAGGAGAUGGUCCUCUACGGUGAAGAACCACAGCCUCCUCAUAUAUGUAGAGAUGACUGCACAGAUGAAGAUGUUUCUGUUAUGCCAUCUUUGAUUCCUAUUAUAGACCUCAGCCUCCUCUCUUCUUUGGAACCUUCAACUUCACACGAAGAACUGCAUAAACUUAGAUCAGCUCUUUGUUCAUGGGGUUGCUUCCAGGCAAUAGGUCAUGGGAUUCCAAAAUCGUUUCUGGAUAAGAUUCGACAAGUGGCAAAGGAAUUCUUUGAACAGCCCAUGGAAGAGAAGAAAAAGCAUGCUAAAGGAGUUUAUGAGUUUGAAGGGUACGGAGCAGACCCUGUCCCUGCAGAAGGUCAGUCACUUGACUGGUCUGAUCGUCUAUUUCUUGACGUAUACCCAGAAGAUAGAAGGAAGCCCAAGUUCUGGCCAGAAAAUCCAACAUCUUUCAGAGAAGUCUUAGAAGAAUACACUUUAAAGAUGAGAAUGUUAACAGAACUUGUCUCAAAAGCCAUGGCAAAGUCAUUGAAUUUGGAGGAAAAUUGCUUCCUGGAUCAGUUCGGUGAACAAGCAGUUCUACAAGCAAGGUUUAACUAUUACUCACGUUGUCAAAGACCUGAUCUUGUUCUUGGCUUAAAAGCCCAUGCAGACGGAUCAGGGUACACUAUUAUCUUGCAGAAUGAUGUUGAAGGUCUGCAAGUCCAAAAAGACAAGAACUGGAUCACAGUGCCCCCCAUUUCAGAUGCCCUCCUAAUCUUAAUGGCUGAUCAAAUGGAGAUAAUGACCAAUGGAAUAUUCAAGAGCGCAGUGCACAGAGUUCUAACUAACACAGAAAAGGAGAGGAUUUCUGUGGCUGUUUUCUACACGCCUGAACCUAAAAAGGAGAUUGGACCAGAAGAAGGAUUGAUCAAUGAAGAAAGACCGAGAAUAUUCAAGAAGGUGAAAGAUUAUGCUGAUAUACACUGGGGAUACUACCAGCAGGGUAAGAGAGCACUUCAUGUAGCAAGAGUUUAGAGCUGUACUGUCAACAGCAAGAAAGUAAAGCAGCCCUUAUAGCAGAAGUUUGAGACGUACUAUGAUAAUGUCUUGUGCUGUUUGCAGUUAUCUUCGUGGUUGCUAAUGCAUAUUAUGAUUAUCAUCACUCUGAAAAGAAUAAUUACUCUCA